GAGGUUAAAGUUGAAAGUGCACGGGGCGGUUCGCGGGAAAAAAUCCAAACUAGUAAUUUUUAAAGCGCAAUUACUUUUUUAACUGUUAAAACUACACCCAUUCUCCACCGUUUACAUUUAGUUUGUAAGUUUUUAAACGUUCGACUAAAAGUAUCCUAGCUAGCAGCUCUAGCUAGUGAGCUGCGCGGAGUCAUUGUCGGUGUGGUUAUAUAGCCGGCGCUUGAAACGAGUUUGUGAGACUUGUGUCGGGCGGCGAACUGUCAACUCAUUGUGUGGCGAAUACGACAAACUGAGAGAAAAUGGCAGAAAGGCCAGAAGAUUUGAACCUUCCCAAUGCGGUUAUCACUCGCAUCAUCAAGGAGGCUCUCCCAGAUGGGGUGAACGUGUCAAAAGAAGCAAGGAGAGCAAUAUCCCAAGCUGCCAGUGUGUUUGUGUUGUAUACAACAUCUUGUGCAAACAACUUUGCCUUGAAGGCCAAGCGGAAAACUCUGAAUGCAGGUGAUGUCUUAGCCGCAAUGGAGGAAAUGGAAUUUGAGCGUUUUAUGGAGCCCCUUAGAGAAGCUUUGGAGGUGUUUAAGAAGGGCCAGAAGGGAAAGAAGGAGGUGUCUGAGCAAAAGCGCAAAGAUAAAGACAAGAAGACGGACUCUGAGAAUGAUAAGAGCAGGGAGGAGGAAGAAGAGGAGCGAAUGGAGGAAGAGCCGGAAGCAGAGAACGAGGUGGAAGAUGAAGAGGUGGAAAAUUGAGGACGUUCCUCACAGGUCGAAGCUCUGUUAAAAUAACGAGAAGCACUCAGUAGUCCCUUCAGAAGUUUUCACUGUCUGGAUGACAAGUCUUGGUCAGGGUCGCAGUAAGAUCCUAUUCAAGGAUUGGAUUCCAUCUGUAAUGUUAUUUUUUACAUGUUAUACUGUACUUCCAAUGUCUUAGUGUUUGACAAAAUGUGACAAACUUGCACUAACUUUUUCUACUUAGUGCAAGUAGCAAAUAGCUUCUGGCUAAAUAUUUGCAUAAAUGAGUCAUGAAUACUGGGAUACAGUCUAACAGUAAAUAAUCCAACAGUGAAGAUCCAUACCAUAUGAAAACCUGCUAUGCCACCUUUGGGAAAGAAUUCGGAGUUGUUUUGGUUUGUAGCAGUCAUUUUUUUACGUAGAAUUAUAAACUAAACCUUGACCACAAAAAUCUGUUUGCUGCAUCACUGACAUGUUUGUAUCAGUAACAAUUUAUACUUUUGUAAACAUCUUUGUUAGUGGCUGAAAUUUACAAUAAAUAUUUUCAGUAAAACUUAAAAA